AUUGUAUCAUUACUUAACAGGCUUCAGGGCUUGACAAUGCACUUCACUGGCCCCAAAGUCUUAUUUUUUUCAAAACGAAAUUAAAAAUCAAGACUUUAAAUAUCACUUGGGAUAGUAUUUUAUAUGGGAUACAGAAUCUGCAGGCUGAUAUCAAAUCUUCAGCAUGCCCAUCUACACAGUAUUACCUCGUACAAUUCAAAAAACAUAUUGCAGUAUAAACGAGAUAUGCCUGUGAUAGACGUUAUUGCUUUGGUAAAAUAGGAAGUUAAUUUUUUUCAGUCAUCAUUGAAUCCUCAACCUUUCCAUUUUUCAGCUUGUCGGUUUAAUUUUCUUGCUGUUCAAAUUAACUUGACUGUCAUAACAGAAACACAAAAAAAUGAUGGCUAUACUAUGCAAAAACGAUUUUGCACCGCAAAUGAUAUUAAUUCCUUUUUUUUAUUUGCUAAUUUUGCUACCGACCUUCUCCCAACCCCCGAAGAUGUUAUUUCCUGCUGAGCUGAGCUCUCACGGAUACUGUUGUACUGUGAAUCUUCGUCCGCAUGACCAUGUGUACAAUCUUACGCGCCCUGAGUGACUCGGGAACUGGGGAGAAACUUGGGAAAAUCAGGGGUCACAGUCUCUGCACCGUUUACAAGGACUGCUACAACCCUAGCCGACGUUAAGAUGCCGAGGAUACCGCGUCGGUCCUGCUGCAAUGAACAUAAUCUGCCGGAUCGCAGCACAUUAUCUCGGAGCGUGAAUGAACGGAUGGAUCACGAGAACAGCAGCUGGGUGGCGGAGCAGCGGCUUUGCAAAGCAGAAGGGAAAGUCAGGAGAAUGACCAAUGCAGGUUACAGGGACUUGGUCAGACUGAGCGAGCGGGCGCCCGCGUCUGUGUCAACCCAACAGGGAGCGCGCUGCGCCCGCCUGCCCAUCAGCUGUUGCGCGCCUGUCAAUCAGUUGUGUGCACGCGCGCCCGCCUGUUUAUCGCUUGUGUGCGCGCAGGGAAGCGGGAGCGCGGAAGCUUGGACGCCGGGGGAGCAGGAGUUGCCCACGGUAACCGUGCAGGAAAGUUCACUUGAAUCAGCAGAGAGACGGGGACGGCCCCUUCUUCGUACAGGAACGAAGAGCAGCAACACCCCCUCGGACACCCUGCCCAGUGAGUAACACGUUUAAGGCAAUGACUUGCUCUGGGAACAACUUGAUGCACAAUAGCAGCCCUCACAACCUUGUUCAGGAGCUUUCCCUGAAGGAAGCUGUUGUUUGGCUGCAAAAGGAGGAAAUAAAUCAGUCUGCUUGUCAUACUGUUGGCUCCCUGUGAGGUGCUUACAUGAGGUAACAAUAGGCCAAAACAACCUUCUCAGUGGUUUUUGAGCCAAGAAAUGGGCCAGAAAAUCUCAGGGAAUAUAAAGUCUGUGGAUGUGAGGGAACCAGCCUACAGGCCAGUUAAGCGGGAGUUGCGAGGCCCUGACUUCUGCAAGCCAACUCGGCUUGACAUGCUACUGGAUAUGCCAUCGGCUUCUCGAGAGAUUCAGCUAAAACAUGCCUGGAACAACGAAGACCGGUCUCUGAACAUUUUUGUAAAAGAAGACGACAAGUUAACCUUUCACAGACAUCCAGUAGCCCAAAGCACAGAUUGUAUCCGCGGUAAAGUUGGAUACACACGUGGGCUUCAUGUCUGGCAGAUUCACUGGCCUACAAGGCAAAGAGGAACACAUGCUGUUGUUGGUGUGGCAACAGCAGAAGCUCCAUUACAUUCUGUGGGAUACACCUCGUUAGUUGGAAGUAAUAAUGAAUCAUGGGGUUGGGAUUUGGGUCGCAACAAACUAUAUCACAAUAGUAAAAAUCAGCCAGGACUAACCUAUCCAGUGUUUUUGGAGCCAGAUGAAUCAUUUGUCCUCCCUGAUAGUUUCUUGGUGGUUUUGGAUAUGGAUGAAGGAACACUGAGUUUUAUAGUGGAUGGACAAUAUCUGGGUGUGGCCUUCAGAAACCUAAAAGGGAAAAAACUGUACCCAGUAGUCAGCGCAGUCUGGGGACACUGCGAAAUAACAAUGAGAUACAUCAACGGACUUGACCCGGAGCCAUUGCCUUUAAUGGACUUGUGCAGAAGAUCCAUUCGCCUUUCUCUUGGCAAGGAACGGCUGCAUGAAAUAGAGACCCUACCCAUGCCUGUUUCUCUGAAGAAUUAUUUGCAGUACCAGUGAUGAAUAAACUUGGACUAAGCUGGAAAGUCAAUGCAAUGGAAAGCUGUAGUUUACAUCUUCUUUUGAUCUGUGGAGGAUUCACAGUUGUUUGAAAUAUCAUAUGACUUACAAAUAGACAAUGCUUAGAUAGGAAUUAGAGGAGAACCUGUCAUAUGAAUUAAGAGGAUUAUUUGCAACCAGUGUUAAAGGUAUUCCUAUUUUAGCAGUAAAGCAGUAUCUCAUUAUGAAAUCUUCAUAAUCCAAGAAACCGCUUUAUAUACAUUUGUAAUUUUAGCGUGUUGUCCCUACAAAGUCUACAUUGUUCAAAUACAGCCUGUAAUGUUCAGCAGGUUGUAGCUUGAGGACAAUGCCUUGUAAUUGUUUAGUACUUUUUCCUGUUUGAAACUGAAUGUGCAAGUGGAAGAAAUUCUUGAUGCCGGUAAUCAGCCUGUGGGGCUGUUACGGUAGUUUUUAAAUACAGAGGUAUUGGCUUGUAUAUUCAUACUGUGCUAUAAAUCUUUAGCAUGAAUGUCAUAUUAGACUGAUUGAGAUCUGGCUCAUAACAAAUGAAGAAAAAAAUAUAUGCCUCGAAGCCGGUAUGCACGAGCUUCUACUUAUUGCAAACUUUCCUGUGAAGUUCUGCAUGAAUUAAAAAAAAACUACUGAGAGAUCACAUAAUAUUCACUCAUACAAAGCUUAAGUCACUUUUUAUUUUGAACAAGGUCUUGCAAGAAACAGUUUUACGCCAUUCAGCUGAAAGAUUUUGUUCACCUCAAUGUACUAGUAUGUGUGUGGAAUAGUUUUAUCUGUGCAGAGAAUGUAUUAUAAUUCUGUUCCAUACCAGGCCCUUCACUGGUGGACUGCAGACAUUUUCACUUCUGCAUAGGUCAGAUCAUUUUAAGAUGCUGCUUAAUUUUCUGUUUUAAAUUUACCAAUGUAUUUAGUUUUUAAACUGGAAAUUGUUGCAGUUGCAGGGUGUCGAAUGUAAGGAUGGUGCUGCCUUCAGAGUUUUAAAUGUGAAUUAACUGAAUGAAGAAGUUUCUAAUAAAGUUUGCUGUCCAAAUUAG